AUGUCAACAACCCCCGAAAUGCUGAAGUUUCAUUUCGUUGUUUACAUUCUCAUUAAAUUCAUUCGUCGUGCUACGAGCAAGUGCCUUGUGUUGUUGAUAAUGUUGAAUGAAGUAUCAGCCAGCCUUAUGUCGUAUGCUGAACUGUUGAAGGAUGAAAAUAUAAAAAUAUAUACAACGUACGAAAAGAUCCCUACGUGA